GCUCUCUCCUGCUGCUGCUACAGCUGACCGACGCGCACAAUGAUGAAACACACGACGGAGCAGGUGGCGGCCGCGCGGAAGUGCCCCCCUGACAAUAAAAGAGGUGCGUCUUGUUUCCACACCAGCGGACUGACUGCGCACGGCGUUCACCGCCGCCGGGGCUGAGGGGCGCUGACGCAUUGUGGAGUCGACAGGGGGGAGUCGCACUGCAAAGCCCGGCUUCGCAACACAACGGAGGCAUCUCUCGGCGGAAGCGCGAUGGCCGUGGUGCAGCUCGACACGGAGGACCACCAACCGGAGAACGGCUUCGUGUCCCCCGACACCACGUCGCCGGGGCUGCUGACACGCAUCGACGGCGCCGUGCUGCCGUUUCUCGGGGGCUUUGGGAAGUACCAGAAACAGCUGAUCGUGCUGACAUGGAUUCCGGCGUUAUUCAUCGGAUUCAGCCAGUUCUCUGACAAUUUCCUCCUCGCCCAGCCGAACAGCACAUGCGUCCAGCCUUUGGCCAACAAUGCGACUAAUAAUCGGACCGCGGGGUUCUCCUCGCUGCUGUCGGACAGCUCACGGAACGGCAGCGCGCGGGCAGCUCACGUUUAUGCCAACGGGAGUCACGGUGGCUACAAUGACAGCAGCGGCAGCAGCAGCAGCGGCAGCAGCAACACGCAGUGUAACUGCAGCGAGUGGACAUUCGAGCUGCACACGGGACUGGUGCAGAACGUGGUUACCAAGUGGAGUCUGGUGUGCGACUCGGCGUGGAAAGUCCACAUCGCAAAGUUCUCUCUGUUGGUUGGAUCAAUAUUUGGGUACCUGGUGUUCGGGAUCCUCGCAGACUGGUUUGGCCGCCACCCAGUGCUGAUCAUAUCAGUGCUGUUCAUGCUGGUGUUUGGUCUGUCUGUGGCCUUCUCUGUCAACCUCCCCAUGUUCAGCACUCUGCGGUUCUUUGAGGGCUUCUGCCUCGCGGGGAUCACGCUCUCGCUCUACGUCCUCAGGAUUGAGCUGUGCCUGCCAGGAUGGCGUUUCUCCAUGACCAUGGUGGCCAGCUUUGUGGUGUUGGGUGGUCAGCUGCUGAUGCCUGGGGUGGCGUAUCUCUGCGGCGACUGGCAGGUACUUCAAGCCGUUAUCAUCUGCCCCCUGUUGCUGAUGCUGUCCUACAUCUGGAUCUUCCCUGAGUCACUGCGUUGGUUGCUGGCCACGCAGCAGUACUGCCGCUCAAAGUGGAUCAUGGGACACAUAGCGACUAAAAACAGGGUGAACGUGGAGCUGGACACAGACAACAUCCUCACAGAACUGCAGAGAGCUCUACAAAAGAAACCCAAAAAGACAUGCAUCGUGAAAAUGGUCGGGACUCGAAACCUGUGGAAGAACAUCGUUGUGCUCUGCGUUAACUCGCUAACAGGCUAUGGGAUCCACCACUGCUUCGCUCGCAGCAUGAUGGACCCCGAGGCCGAGGAAACCACCAUGUUCCACAACUUCUAUGCAGACUAUUACACCAUGGCCGGCAUUGCAGUGGCGUCCUGCAUGGCUCUGUGUCCGGCCGUGGGCCUGAUGGGCCGGCGCGGCGGCCUCCUCAUGUUCAUGAUCAUCACUGCCCUGGCAUCGCUGCUGCAGCUGGGCCUGCUCAAUUUGCUGGGGAAGUACAGUGGCCACCUGAAUAUAGAUAGCUCGGGUACGCUGAAUAAGAACUUCUCCAUUGCCUUCUCCAUCAUCGGCAUGUUCUCCUCCCAUGCAGUCAGCAACCUGAGCAUCUUCUUUUGUGCCGAGAUCACGCCCACUGUGAUCAGGGGUGGUGGCCUGGGCCUGGUCCUGGCCAGCGCUGGGUUUGGCAUGCUCACUGCACCCAUAAUGGAGCUGCACAAUCAGAAGGGCUAUUUCCUUCACCACAUUAUAUUUGCCUGCUGCACUCUCAUCUGCAUCAUCUGCAUUCUCCUGCUGCCAGAGACGCGCUACCAGCCCCUCCCUGAGACCCUGGCUGACGGCGAGUGCUACUCUCGGCAACCUUUCCUUCACCCGAGGAAACCGGGCGAACAGCGCCUCCUGCUGGCUCAGUCCGAGAGCAGCAGGGACUACACGAGGGUGCAUGACACACCACUCCACGAGGCGGCAGCCACCGCGGUGUCCACCAUGGACUCCACUGCCUCCUCGGCGGUGGAUUUGACCGCUCCGUCGGUGGGCGACAUGUCCGCCCCCACGUUCAUGGAGGUACACGCCGGCAGGCCUGAGCUCAAAGACCCCCACAGCCAGUCAGUGUCGUCUUUAUCCACAACCUCCCUCACAGCAGUGGGUAGAGACAACAUCAUAUGUGCCAGCAAAGAGCACCUGCUGUCUUCCACUCCUCUACACAAAGCGCCAUGCAUCACAGACCCGCUCCUCACGGGCGCUGAAGAACCUCCAGCAAUAGUCCAGGAUUCUCUGGAGCCCGCAAAAGAUUCCGCCCUUCUUGAAAUCAAUGACGCCGGUCACUCUUCUUCAACGGAAUCCGUCGCUUUAACUCCUCCCGUCCCCGAAACUGCGCCCACCUCCUUAAUGGUCACGCCUAUCAUCGAGCCGCCACCGAGCUCCACGCUGGAAUCCCCGAACCCUGUAUUCAGUGACAUUGACACCAUCUCCAUGGAAUUUGACCCGACGUUGCCAGAGGACACUCGUGUCACUUUAGCUCCCACUACUACUUCUACUCCCCGUGACUCCCCUACUCCAUCUAUGCAUGACAGCCUGCCUCCAUCCCCUGCUCCCUCUCCAGUCCCUGUGACAGACUGCACCAUUUCCACUGACCCUCCGCCUUCCAUUAGCACACACUCUGACACCCCCAUCCAGUUAAAAAUAGGAGAUGAAUCUCCAUCUCCUCCUCCUUCACCUAGAGACUCUCCCACACCCGUUGUUAUAGACUCCCAGCCGUCAGAGUUAGAAUCCACUCCCCCCCCUGUUAAUGAUAUAUCUCCUCGUCCUCCUUCUCCCCCGAGCCAAAUCACCGUCUCCCCUUCAGCCACUCCGCCGCCCGCCACCACCACCACCACCACCACCACCACCCAUUGACUCAGACCAUUCACCCUCAGAGAACUCUCCCCUCCCCUCAUAGAUACUGUCAACACCACUGCACUGUCUGCUACCAUCCUCCCCAUCACAGACAUUGUGCAUAGCCCCACCCCGGAAUCAGCCACGCUGACCGCUACAGACACUGUACCAGGUUCAGCCGCCUCCCUCGUCCUAGACACGGCGCCAUCUUCCAUCACAGAUUCAGCCUCGACAGAAGCGACCCCCUCCUCCCUAAUGGACUACACCGUCUCCUCCCCCAUAGACUCUGGUGUCCUCCCCAUCAGGGACAGUGCCAGCAUAGAGAACAGCAUUGCCAACAGCGUGGCUUUGUCGUGAUGUGGAGCCGCAGCCAGGAGAAGAAGCUUUACGGCGUCCAACAAAUUGCCAGAGAGAAGGGAGAGGGGGCAAGAACUAUCCUGCUCACACUUCAGAUAUGUAACGAAGACUGUCACCACCUGGAGUUGAGUAAAUAUGUGUUAGUCGAUUGUUGUAUGUUUCUCAAUGAACCCCCUCCCCUCUCCCCCCCCUUUUUUCCCCGCAUUUAGCCAAUAAAUGAGCCCACCAAGUGA